AUGCCCGGACCGAUCGACCCCGAGACCCUAUACACUAAGCAAGCAUGCAUUGGUGGUGGAAGUUUCGGCCGGGUCUACAAAGGAGUUGAUAAGAGAACUGGAGACUCAGUUGCGAUCAAGGUUAUCGAUGUUGAAAAUGCCGAAGAUGAAGUGGAUGAGAUCAUCAAGGAGAUUGCGAUUCUAUCCGAGCUGAAAUCCCCAUACGUCACCAAAUAUCAUGGUUCAUACCUUAAGGGUUCGAACCUCUGGAUCAUCAUGGAGUUCUGCUCUGGUGGUAGCUGUCAUGGCUUGUUGCGCCCCGGUGUGAUUCAUGAAGAGUACAUAUCGAUUAUUCUGAGAGAGCUCUUAAAAGGCUUGGAAUAUCUCCAUGGUGAUCAAAAAUUGCACCGAGAUAUUAAAGCUGCCAACAUCCUUUUAAGCGCAAGUGGACAGGUCAAGUUAGCAGACUUUGGUGUAUCAGGCCAAUUAUCCGCGACAAUGACCAAGAAAAACACAUUUGUGGGAACCCCCUUCUGGAUGGCUCCAGAAGUCAUCAAACAAUCAGGAUACGACUACAAAGCAGAUAUCUGGUCUCUGGGGAUCACGGCAAUUGAGCUGGCCUGUGGAGAUCCUCCAUAUGCUGAUAUUCACCCGAUGAAGGUCCUGUUUUUGAUUCCCAAGAACCCGCCUCCCACUCUCAAUGGUAACUUCAGCAAAUCUUUCAAACAAUUUGUUGAAUUGUGCUUGCGACGGGAUCCAAAAGAGCGACCGUCUGCCAAGGAGUUGCUCGAACACCCGUUCAUCAAACGGGCGAAGCGGACGACAUACCUCACAGAACUUAUUGAACGUGCGGAGCGCUGGCAAGCAACCCACCAUGGCCAAGGAGAUGAUGAAGAUGACUAUGAUGAGCCAUCAGAGCCUGUUGAGCUGAAUCGCGAAGAUCAUGAAGAUCUUUGGGACUUUGGGACUGUUCGCCCUGCUGGCCCUGCUGGUGGGCGAUCGGCUAUGGCCAUGCCGCCAUUACGUCCGAUGCACGACUUGCCAACUAAACCUCGUUCUCAAGAAGCCGAUGAGUGGGAUUUGCAAGACGAGACGAAACAAGCACCUCAACUCCAGUCACACCCAAUCCGCUCGAACCCUGCAAACACCGCCAUCGAGCCCUCUCAAGCCAAAAAGCCCUUCCCUCCCCCUGUGCAACCCUCGCCGUUAAAGCAGACAACAACACCACCUUCCAAUACUUCUUCGCGCCAAACUCAUCCUAACAACCCAGCCGUCGCUCAGCAAGAGAAUUCUCCCGCCAGAGGAUACGCACAGGCAAUGAUGAAUCUCGCUAGUGAGGCUCGCGCCAAUGUGUCCCCUCAGCCCAGGUCCCCUGCGGUUGCGUCUAGCAACGCAACGAUGGAGCAAUCUCUAACUUCCAAGGAGCCUGAACCUGUCCCUUACCGUCCUCUCCCCAGUACCCAUGGAACUCCAGCUAAUCACCGCAUGACGCCUUCUGGUAAUGUCCAAAGGCAACCCGAUCUCGCAUCCGCAAAUGCGAGACCCACCGGACUCAAGUCCAAGCUUGCCUCAAAAUCUGAAGGGCCUCCCGUUAAAAACACUCCCGCUAGCCCUCGUGUAAGCGAGCAGCCAAAACAACUCCCACAACCUCCGGCCAAAACCCCGGUCGAGAAUGACCGCGCCACCGCUUACGGCUCUGUUAUUAUUCCUGCCCUCCGUGCCGCCAUGAACCGACGUGGUCGCGCUCUUUCUCGUCUCGACCCUGCUCGAAACCCCAACAAUAGAACAUCUUUUGAAGGAGAGCAACAAUGGGAGCAAAGUGUUCGCGUCCACCGACACAUGGACAGCAUUGUCGAUGAUAUUUCGCGGGCCCUCACGAAUCUUCAUCGCUGGGACAUGGAAGACCCGGUACAGAUGGACGGUGGUGUUGACGUUACGCUUGAAGCUUUCCUGGAGGAAGUUCUGGUUCGUCUUCAACCUGGUUCUGCCCCGGACUUCACUUGA